AUGACAUAUUAUGGAAUGAAUGUUUAUCAAUUAACUGAACUAGAUGAACAUACUCAACCACAACAAAUUAUUGAUAAAAUGAAUGAACUAUACGGAGAGUUAAAAAAGGCAAAAAUUGAUAAUAAAAAAGAGCGAAUGGAAGAGUGGAAUGUAGUGAUGGAUAAUUAUGAAAUUGACCCAAUUGGAUAUUACAAAUAUUGUGAAAAUAAAGGAAUGUUUAAUAAACCACCAUCAAUAAAUAUUACGAUUAAAAUUACAUUAAAGAGUGUCAAAAAUGGAUUAAUUAAAACAAUUAAAUAUCAAGUAAAACGAAUUAAUAAAUUAACAGCAAAAGAAUAUAAUGAAAUGAUAAGUAAAACAAUCAAAAUAGAAAGAGGAGUUGAUAGUGAUGAUGAAUAUAUUUUUGAAAAAGAAGGAAAUGAAGAAAUUGGAAAGAAACAAGGGGAUUUGAAAAUAUUAUUUGAAGUUAUUUGUCAUGACUUUAUUCGUAAUAAAGAAAAUGUAAUUUUGAAAUAUCCAAUCAAUCAUUAUGAUGAACAACAUGGAUUUAUUAUUAGUCAUAGAGGAAUUAAUGAUGAUGAAUGGAUUAAUAAACGAGUAGAACCAAAUAAAGUCAAAAUAGGAGAUUCAGAAAGUGUAAUAACAAUUUAUGGAAAAGGACUACCAAAAAAAGGAGGAGAAAUAGGAGAAUAUGGUGAUAUAUUUAUUUUAUUUACUGAAAAAGAAACAAAUUAA